CAAACCCUCUAGACUCACAUGGGUUAUAAUUAUGAUACUGGAUGAAAUGCUGGAAAAUAAGCCCCUACUGUGCAGAUUCCUUACAGGCUGCAGAGUAAAGGAGAAGAAAAGACUGAUGUAUCUGGACAAAACUAUCUGAAGUUUUGCCUCUUCAGCUGCUCUGUCUCUAAAUAUCGCAUAAAGGUGGUUACAAAUUUCAAAUUAAUUCUGCCAAUUUCAUCUUUACUUAAAAAGCUUAGAAAAAUCGGUUAGAUUUCUUCUCUAACGUAUCUUUGUGAUACUGAUAACCAGCCAUAAAGGCAGUCGAAACAUUUCCCAGCUUCUCUGUACUACAGGUCAUUAUGGCCAAGCAUGUGUAAGGUCCCUCACUGCUCAAGUACUUGCAUGGAUCUGUGAUCCUGAGGCUCUGGCAGGCAUUCUGUUGGUGGGAGACAGCAGUGCCUCCCUCUAAAGACUACAGUUAACACCUCCACCCUGCAAACAUCUCUGCACUCAAGGAACUCUAUGUCAGUCACUCAUCAUGGUGCUGUGGCAGAACUUUCACACCCAACGCAAGGAGAUUUCUACACACCAACUUGUUUGCAGGGCCAAAACCUAAUUUUACACAUGCCAAACUGAGUGACAAACAAAUGAUGAUAAUGAGAAUGAUUAAGCCUACAUUUACUGUCAAGAGCUGGGGUUUAAUCAGUUAUGUGUCUAUUACAGUUAUAUUUUUCAGGCAAUAGGAGUUUUUAAAAUACCACGCUAAUCACAAAUAUGAGUUUCUGUCUAGCAGAGUCAAGAUUUGAACCAAAAUUCACCUUUUUUCACAAAACCAGUAUUACCUUUUAGCACUGCUUUAGUUUCAAUUAAAACAUAUACUGAGGGGGUAAGGAAAGCCUUAAUGAUACAUAGACCUCAAGCCACUCUUGCAAAGACAGAAAAUUUAAUCUGUAUGAAAAUAUAUACCUGAGUCUUGAGUUGUAAUAAAUUCUUACAGCAACUGUAACUUCAAAUAAUGUGAAAUUUCUUGUUUUAAAUUACAUUUUUGAAUUAAGGUGAAACUUACAUUGAUGGGACCUCAUAAGUAUGUAUGAUUUAUUAAAUAUGCCUGCUGGUGGUUUGUAGACAUCUCAUAAGGCUCUUGAAAGAGUUUCCAGGGAAAUUUUGUGUAAUCUGGAAUAUUUUGUGAUUUAUAUACUGUACAAGCAUCAGAGAGGACAUUUCUUGUAACUGCCAGUGCAUUUAAUUCUCCUGAAGAGCUUUUCUUUUUUUUGCUUGGCUGAGGUUCUCUCUAGAAUCAUGUACAACUACACACUGGCUUAAUGAAGCCUAGGGUGUUGGAUUCCAAGUGAAGAUAGAAAAUACUUGCUCAUUCUGAGGGAAUCACAUGCCCACUCUUUGGAAACAUUCCCCAGAUUUUCAUUAUCUUGUUUGCUUUCCCUUUCCCGCCUCUACACAGCACAAGCAAAGCCCACUGUGUUUCUGCUACCAAUAUGGAUAAUUACUGAGCACUGUACUAAUGAAAAUAUGUAUUGCUAAAUUAAAAUAGUCUCUUCUAGAGAAAAUUGAAUGUGGCAUAAAUACUAACAAUUGGAAUGUCUCUAUUCAUUUUUGUUUUUUCUUUGAAAACUUGGAUACAAGUAAUUUUUUGUAUUUUUCAUUUUUUAUUUCUUUGUUUUUUGUGUCUCCGAAUUACUGACUGACUGUAUUGUUCUUUAAAAAACAACAAAAAAAACCCCUCUAAAAUCCAACAAUUUAUCUUUUAGAUGCAUAUGUCAGAGUUUUUUCUUCACUUCAAAAUGUUUUGGAGAUCCUCUUAGAAUGUCUUGAGAUGUGAACUGAAGAAUCAAUACUUGGGGAGAUUAAAUAAAACAAAUUAAAAAUAGAAAUUUAAGCAAAGAGGAAAAUGUAAUUACCCAUGCCUUCUGUGUACAUUAAGAAAGUUACUGAGAUUAUUAUGCAUUAAACAACUGAUUUAAAUAAAUCUAUUGUGACAUUAAAACAAUAUGUACAUCACUCUAAUGAGAUAUCUGAUGUUGGAUAAACACACAAGUCCUGAUUUUUCAGGUUUCUACAAAACAAAGCUAACAGAAAAUUAAACACAAUCAUUAAUUUUGGAAAGAGCUGCCUUUAAAAGGCAGUUCUCGCAUAAUUUGAUAGCUUCUGGGAUUAGAAAUAAAACACUGUUCUAUUCCUCUAAUAAUUCUAGCCUAAACUCUUUGUAUGUGUUCCAUCCACUUGAGCAUUACUAUACUUCUCCUGAUGUUACCUUUCAUGUUUGGAAUGGACUUCUGCAACUGGCAGCAGCUUCUUAAAUAUGUUUACCUGUCACUCUGCAAACCCCUAACUCUGGAGUGACCUCUUUUUCUGAAAAUUAAAAGAAAAAUUAUCUCAUUAGGGAUGCUUGGUCUGAACAGCAGCUAUAGUCACUCCAUGAAUUUCCCUGUCACAGAGCUGAUGUGCUUUCCAGCAGGCAAGCUUUGGAAGUCUGCAUUGCUGCUGACAGUGCUGUAACUAUUCUCAGAGUUUUCAGUCAGGUCACUUCCAGGAGUGCAGAUUACCAAGUUGUAUGUAAAAGAAAUAAAUAUUCAUAUGGAAGUCUGAUGGGGACUGAUCUAACUUACGCUAAAGCUAAUGGCAAAUUCCCAUUCUCUUGACCCUAACUGGAUUAGGGUGAAUGUAUUAUCCUUUUUGUUUAAAUGCCACGUUUUACUAAUUCCAGUAUUUUAUCCAAGUUGUGAAUGUAGCCCUCACUCAAAUGCAUUAUUCACAAUCCUUUUAUCAAAAGAUACAGCAUGCCUCCACAGUCUUCUGUAGACAGCUCACUGCUCACACUUCCCAUGCUUCAAACAAACUAAAUCUGAGCAGCCUCUUCUUUGAUAAUACUGUGCUCUGGGUAAUUCCUAUGGGGUACAUCAUGCCAAGCAAAAAGAUAUAUAAAUAAUGACAGGAAAUAGCUUGUCUCCAAACACUUUGCAAUGCAGGCAUCUGCAAAAUAUUUUGGAAAUAUCUCUACACAAUUCAUAGGUCCAGCAGGGAAUUUUUCUUUCAAGAAAAUUAGGACAGUGCCUGUCACAAGUGGCAUCUUUACUUCUAGUACCAUUAAGGGCAAACAAAAUAUAUUUACAGAACAAAAGAUGGUGUAAAUGAAACAAACUACACAACUGCAAAACCUUACAGACUGUGUGGAAAAAUUGGAAAAGUGUUUUCCCUCAUAACAGAAUAAAAUCACUGAAAUUUUGAAAGGUUUGGACUUUCUUCACUUUUCACAUACAAAGCAAAACUACAAUAUCCCAACAUAAAACAUAAGCUCAGCUUCUUCUAUGCAGAAUUCAGUGUUGUAAUGACUCCUGAGCACAAGUGGAAAUAAAACCAUUGAGGUACAGUUAAUAAUUUCCAGUAGUUAUUUAUGGAUCGGAUCAGUAUUUCACACACAUUCUAAGAAGUAAGUACUCAUGCUUGCAGUCCCAUGGGGCACAGGGGAAUUGCUUAUAGCAGAACAAAUGAGAAAGUGCUGCUUCCGUGUCAAGGUAAUGGUUAACAAAAUGGGAGUUUAUAAAAAAAAACCCACCCAAACCUUAGGAAAGCUAUUUUCAGGUUAUGGGAUGGCAGAUUUAUACUUAAACAGAUGAAUAUUAUUCACUAAGAAAACACAGCAACAUGCAAUCCAUUUUGAAAUAAAUAUAAAACACAUUAGUUAAAAUGUGAUGCAUUCCAAUCAUAGAAUGAACAGUAUUAGCUGCAUAGCAUACAAAAUAUCCUAAAUAGGUGGACCUUGGGAGAAACUAGCUCUCUAUUUUACCUCUUUCAAUUUACUGCUGCAGCAUCAGGAAGGGGGAGCCUCCUGCUUUCCCUAGACUUCAGCACAAGGUUUUGCUCCUCAGCAGUUCCUCUUCCACAAAUAUCUGAAGCAUUUAGAACUGUGACUCACCCAAGCCCACCUCGGGGCAGCUGUAGCAUGAGAGGGACUCGACAGCAGUGAGUCCAUAGGAUUCCUGCUCCGUGGUGCCAGACCUAGUGCAGCUAAUGAGAUCCUCCCCUGAUGCCACUGCUCCUACCAGAGAAUGCUGUGAAGAAUGAAGCAUUUGUGGCACUACGAGAGCUCAUAAAAGCAGCUGCCACUGUUUCUCUUCGCUGUCUCCACAAGAGUAAGGGAUAAAACCAACAGUGAAAGUUUAAAUCCUAAAGGGAUAACAAUUUACAUCAGUAUUCUUUGAGUGUCUCAACUCUUAAUAUGGUUGCCCCCCACCCCAAUAUCAAGGAGGACAAUUUUUCUUUGAUGGUAUUAUCUGGAGGAACUCUUUUAUCAGCUACUGGGAAAAAUGGCAAGAAGUUCCUUUUUCUUGGACCUUGGUGUGUGCUAAGCUCUCCCUCUGGGCACUAAGCCCCCUGGUUCCUGUCCCUCCCACCCUUCUCCGAGUGGCAUGAGCUGCAAAAAGGCAGCCAGCUGCUUUUGCAUGCAGGUUUCUGUAAGAAAGGCAAGCUGUAAAAUUUGGCUGUAGUCUGUAAGAGAAAGUGGAGGGUGGAAGAAAAACACCUGAGAACUGCUUCAGUAGGAGCUAACUUUCCAUUCAGAAGCAAGCCGGGCGACUUUAAAGCCAGAGUUCACUUUAUUUGAAGGCAGCAACAUUCUUCACACAGAAAAACGGAAGAAAAAAGCUGUCAUCAGCCGGGUGGUGGUACCUUUUGAGCAAGUUUGUUUGCCUCCUGACUCCACCUGCUGGGAAGACACCCCACUACCUGCUAUCCGCGCUGACAUGAUUGUCAGGAGCGCUGAGGUGAAUCACCGUGCGCUCGCUCCGGCUCCCACCCUCACGGUGGCUCUCUGGAUGUUUAAAUAUUGGGCAGCUUGCAACAGUCAUAGCAGAAAAGUCCUCCCCUGCACUACUUCAUGCACCACCACUCCACGCUCUUCCGCGAGAUAGGGGGUGUUGGCUUAAUUGCUCCUGGAUGCCCCUGUAGCUGGGGUCUGCUUUUCUGAGGAGACCAGAGGUGCCCAGAGGUGCUUGGAACCAGGUCUUCCUCGGCCUCUUCUUAGAGUCAGUUCGUUUAAAACGCUUACAUGACUUCUGGAGCAGAAACGCGAUUUAGAUGACUCUGCCGUCGGAUGAAUGCUGCGGCCACCUCUUGUUCAUCCUCCCCAGCUUGGUGGACGAAAGGUCAUCUGCAACGUGUCUCUCCAAGAAGACUCCACAAUGAGAAAAACAACCCAGAGUUGCUUCUUACUCAUCAUCCUUCUAACUAGAAUUGUUCCAAGUCUUUCUUCUACUGUAAAUUAUACUGAUCCUACAUUAGAGCCUGUAGUAACUGAAAAUUCAGUCAUACGGCAGAAGAUAAUAGAUUCGCAGUUCAAAUGUUAUGAGAGGAUGAACAGAGCUCCUCCAUACAAGAAAAAAGGUCUGUUCUGCAACCGAACAUGGGAUGGCUGGUUGUGCUGGGAUGACACACCUGCUGGAAGGCUCACUGCUCAGAAUUGUCCUGAUUAUUUUCCAGACUUCGAUCCAACUGAGAGGGCCUCAAAAUAUUGUGAUGAAACUGGAAAUUGGUUCCGCCAUCCUGAGAGCAACCGAACUUGGUCCAACUACACCCUGUGCAACUCUUUCACCUCUGAAAAAUUGAAGAUGGCAUUCAUACUUUAUUAUAUGGCGAUCGUUGGCCACGCCUUGUCUAUAACAUCCCUGUUGAUUUCCUUGGCAAUUUUCUUCUAUUUCAAGAGCCUCAGCUGUCAAAGGAUAACACUGCAUAAGAAUUUGUUUUUUUCCUAUGUGCUGAACUCCAUGUUUACAAUUGCUCACCUCAUUGCUGUCGUCCCCAACCCAGGCCUUGUAAAAAGGGAUCCUGUAAGCUGCAAAGUGCUGCAAUUCUUUCAUCAGUACAUGCUGGGCUGCAACUACUUCUGGAUGCUCUGCGAAGGCAUUUAUCUUCACACGCUGAUCGUGGUGGCAGUGUUUGCUGAAGAGCAGCGUUUGCACUGGUAUUACCUCUUGGGCUGGGGGUUCCCUUUAGUGCCAGCAUCCAUUCAUGCAGUUGCAAGAGCCAGAUACUUCAAUGAUAACUGCUGGAUGAGUGUUGACACACACUUGCUUUAUAUUGUUCAUGGACCUGUAAUGGCAGCUUUAUUGGUCAAUUUUUUCUUUUUGCUGAACAUUGUCCGAGUUUUGGUGACAAAGCUGAGAGAUACCCACCGUGCUGAGUCCAACAUGUAUAUGAAAGCUGUCAGAGCUACUUUAAUCCUGGUGCCCUUACUGGGAAUUCAGUUUGUUAUUAUUCCCUGGAGACCAGAAAACCGACUUGCUGGAGAAAUCUAUGAUUACAUCAUGCACAUACUAAUGCAUUACCAGGGCUUACUUGUGGCUACCAUAUUCUGCUUCUUCAAUGGUGAGGUCCAAGGAGCUCUGAAGAGGCAAUGGACGCAGUACAAAACCCAGUGGGGCCAAAGGCGCCGAGAGCACUGUUCCACGCGAUCUACCUCCUACACGGCCACGUCAAUCACUGAGGUCCCUGUGUACCUGUACCAUCAUGAUGCCAACAAUGAACAGUUAAAUGGAAGAUACGUAGAGGACUCUGAACUGGUUGCAUUAAAAUCUGGAGACACGUCUGCCUAGCUCAGCACCAGCCGCUGCAAACACAUCGUUCAUGUUCUGCUUGUGAAAAAAACUGGGGGAAGGGUGGGAGUGUGGAAGACCAAGAUGCUGUGUCAGAGUGAAGGCCCAGGCAGAAGGACACAUCCUAUUCAAACCACAUCAACUUCUGGCAGCAAUGAUGUAGGGGGAGUGUGAUGCAGACCUGGAAUAGCAUUUCUUCCUGUGCACUGCAGCAGGGAGUAAACAUGGACCUGCCCAUCAGGCUGUGCAAUAUCCACAUCUCCUGAUACCUGUAUGAAGUGACCAUCUGACAUUUGCAACAGCCCCAGGUAGCCAACAGCAAAUAGGAAAGAAAGAACCAGUAUGUGGCUAUUGGAAACUUUCAGCACUUUUUGCUUUUGGUACUUUUCCUUAAGACUAGAUUUCAAACCAUCAACUUUCACAAAGUGUAACUGACUUGGAGUCCUUUAUUUUUCCCUUAUAAUGAGCUUGAUGACUGCUUAAAAGAUUUUGCACAUUGCGAGAAAAAUCAACUAUAUGAACAGCAGAAAAUCAUUCCAAAGUAUUGAAAUCUUGAUGCUUUCCAAAGAAUGCCACAAAAUAAUACCAUCCCCAAAGGACACCCCAAAAUAUUACCACCCCAUCAGCAGGGGCAUAAAGCAAAUUAACGUGAAAUAGUCAUUGCAUACCAAGAUCUCAAACACCCUCAGAGAAACAAAUUAAUUAUUCAGCCUUAAUGACACAAGUCCUGAAGGCAUCUCAAAAUAGAUUUCAUUUAACAAUACUGGUAGUUCAAGAAUAUUUAUUUAUAGGAAAAAUUGUCACCCUAUUACUCUGCCCAGAAACUUAUCAUUAAGACACAAUUCUCUCAUUCUGAAUAAGCUGUGAAAUUUGUUUGGGGACUAUGUUUUAUUGAAUAGGCAUUCUGAGUUGAGUGCUAUGUGAAUGCUUGUCUCUGUUGUAAAUUUUUUAUCAUGGCAGGAAAUGUUCCCAUGAAAGAAAUCAGGAACCAAUAUCUUAGCACAGGAAGCAUCUACUUUUAGAAUCUGGUUGCUCUCCUGAGUUUCUAAUCAUUACAUAGUCUUGCCAAAUGCCUUUAUGAUCUAUUUCUGCUUCUAUUGAAAUUAGCACACAAAUCCCUGUUAACUUGGAAGAAUAAUGGACAACUCUCUUCAAUGUUCAGGAAUGAGCUACGUUACGCAAUGCAGUGUAGACUUCAAAAACAUGAGGCCAUUUCCUCCACAGUGAUUUGAAACCAUUUUUAAAUAUUGUAUCCAGCCAGGCUGACUUUCCUUCCCUGACACAACCAGACCCUAAGCUUUACCCUCAAUCUGUAGAUUUUAAAUGAAGAAAAAAUGUAUGUGUCUAGCUACACGGUCAUCAUCUCACUGGAAAAGUCCCUUCCAGGAAUGAGUUCAUGAGGCAGAGCUGUAAAGCCAGCACUAUGAGGAGAGACCAGAUUCGCCCUGUCCAUACAUGAGGCAAUGCCUUGCAGGGAAGGAGGCUGCUCUGUUUUCACCAGCAGCACACCCACCAGCUGUGGCACGUUGCCCCCAGAAUGAGGAGGAAGCUGCCAGCUCUGCCACUGUAGAACAAAAGAGGAGCUGGGGAACAAGAAGGAAUUGUCUGCGGGCGGUGCAGAUCAUCAUGUGGUCAAUCCAGCAGAACACCCAGAAGAAACUACCAUCGUGUGUGUUUGUUCAAGCCACAUACCUGUUUUUCAGACUUCAAGGAAUACAAAGACAGUUAUUUUUUCAAACAAGAGUAUUUCUCAUAUUGCUAUUUCUACUUUCACCAGUGAACAAUAGGAAUGGAGGAGCCAGUUGUUAAAGACAAUAAAGUGGCUCUGCUAUGAAUCUGUAUUAUUCUGCAUAGCUUUGGGGCACACUGCACUUCCCAGGAGGGCUUCAGAAGGCAUUCCUGCUUUCUAAAGACACAAAUGAGCUGAUUGUAAAAGAAAUGUGCAUAAUAUAGAGAGUUUAAUGAUGAACAUGUUGGUUUUAAUAAUGUAAAGUUUACAAUAUGUAAGUGCAAGUUGUUUCACAGUCAGUUCCUUUAGUGUGGAUGUACAAAAUGGAAAUGCUUUACCAUUAUGCUGAUUGUUCUCUUUCUUCUAUAAUGAUAUUUCCUUGCUCUGUUUAGUAGAGUGUUCUGAAAAGUCAGAUCAGGAUCUGAGGUUUAGGAUAUUAUUUGCAGCUUCAGUGUGCUUGUGUCAGUCUUUAUGGAAGCUUUGGUUUCAGCCAAGGGAUGAUGAUUUCCAGCCACAAAAAUAUUGGUAUAACAUACGCAAUGACUUUAGGGCUGUCAUCACACUUGGGUUUUGUAGAAAAGGCUGAGUUUUAAAGGUACUUACUGAGUAAUUUCUAAUCAAAAUAUUUUCCAAUGGGAAAUGCUAUUUUUCUUCAUCUCAACAUGGUUUGAAAUGCCAUAAUUGCACACAUAAGGUAUAUUUUAUUCUCUGCUUUAUAAAUUGCACCAUACACUAGUGACAGUAAUACUGAGAAUGCUGAUACAACCUCAAUAAUUCCAAUUAUGACAGUAGGGUGGUUUGACUCAAAUAGAUUUCACAAGAACAGCAGACACAUGUAAUUAAUAUAUCAGUGUAUCAAAAGGUAUGGAAGGAGCUGACACUUGAAUCAGUGGAUUCAAGGUGUAUUUUAAGAGGAAAGCAACUUCACAUCUAUCAGUUCUGCAGUAUCUACUUCCUCUCAAACACCACACCCAACACAUGAAAACCCAGUUUAGUGAGGAUUUGCUCUUGCGGAAGGUUUUGUGUGGUUGCUCUGAGCAACCAAAUCUAUCAGGAAGAUAGAUUUAGUUGGAUGCUGGUUGUUAUUCUUUACGAGGUACAGAAACACAGCACAAAUUAAAAUAUUUGUUGUGGCAUGGGAUGUUGAAAGUAAGACUUGAUUUUUAUUUUAUUUACUUAAUAAAUAUAUUUUAUCUGAAAUAAAACAGCAACAAAAGUAGAACAGACAAUUUUCUCUGUAUUAAAAUUGUUAGCAAUAAUGCUACCUUAAUUAAAACACUACAGAGUGCUCUCACAUAGCAAAAUAACUCUGCUUUAGGAUAAGAGGAUAAGAGCAAAAGUGGUGAAUUCUGUUCUCUUCUCCCAUUCUUUGCCAGCCUCAAUAAACAAAAUAUGAGCUGACUUACAAAGAUCUGAAACACUGAAAAUGUGAAGGUACCUACAUUUCCACUGCUAGAAAUUUUUAAAAUUUGUUGUGUCUUUGUGAAUCUAAAUACCGCUCAAAAAUUUGAGGAUUUGUAAACUAAAAGUCAUUUGCGUCAAUCCCAAGCCAAUGAGAACCUGCAGUGUGAACAUGUCCUCUCUGCCCUCUACACAACUUUUUAUGUACUUCCAGAUGGAUCCCAAACCUGUAUUUAGGAACCCCUUUACUGAGCAUUCAGAGCAUAAUUGAGAAAAUAACGUAAAUCUCAGCGUCACAAAUACAGAUCAGCAAGUUGCCCUCACCCUAAUAAAGAACGUCUGUUUUUAACAGUGAAAUCAAGUGCUGAGAAGGCUCCCAUUGCUGAACAUGUCUUACUGCUGCAAAGGAAGAAUUGGGGUAAAAUGACUAACCAGGUUGUGGUAUUGUGAGCCUCACAAAACACAAAUCAGCACAGUCAGCACUGGGGAUGAUUUAGACCCAGCUCACCUGCCUUGGCAUAGGAACCAUUUAGAUGACCUGCUGAAUCCCUGUCAAAACUUAUUUUCCAUUCUUUCAUAGCAGCAAAGAUGGGCACUGUGCUCUGCUGGAGCAGGAAGGUAUUUAACUCUCCUUAUAUGGCAUUUAAGAUUUUCUUCCUAAUCCAAUUUCAGAACCUCACAAGACUAUUUUUAAGAGAAACAAUUAUCUUCAACCAAUUUUUAAAGGACAUCAGCAUUGAUUUUAUGACUCUGGUCCCUUUUCUCACUGCAAGAAAAAGCAGUUUUGAGAAGUGGCCACACUACAGGAGGUUACUUUGUGUAAUGUGCAAUAUGUGCCCAUGUGUGACUACAUGUAACUCUCCCACACCCCAGUGCUGGUGAUGUUGGUUUGCACAAUACGGUCAAAGAGAUACAGCUCCUUCCCUCAUAUGCUUUGCAUUUCUCUCUCCCUCAGUAUCAUUAUCAUAAGAUGCAUUUAUUUCCCAAUCUGUG